UCCAUCCCCAGUUGCACAGUUAUAAUUUAUUGAGAAAGAAUGCGAAACAAACUCAACUGAAAUUUCAGGAAAAUGCCAAGCGAGAUUAUAACCCUUCAAUUGGGCCAAUGUGGCAACCAAAUUGGUUUCGAGUUCUGGAAGAGAUUGUGCCUGGAGCACGGCAUUUCCCCGGAUGGCGUCCUUGAAGACUUCGCCACCGAUGGUCAGGAUCGCAAGGAUGUGUUCUUUUAUCAGGCGGAUGACAACCAUUACAUACCGAGGGCCGUUCUCCUAGAUCUGGAACCCAGGGUCAUCAACAACAUCAUGACCUCUCCGUAUUCCAAGUUGUACAACCAGGAAAAUGUGUUUCUCUCCAAGCAUGGCGGUGGAGCAGGAAACAACUGGGCUUCCGGCUUCAGCCAGGGUGAGAAGGUGCAGGAGGAGGUGUUCGACAUCCUGGACCGCGAGGCCGAUGGCAGCGAUUCGCUGGAGGGAUUUGUGUUGUGCCACUCAAUAGCCGGCGGAACCGGGUCCGGAAUGGGAUCUUAUGUUUUGGAACGGCUUUCCGAACGCUUUCCCAAGAAGCUCAUACAGACGUACAGCGUUUUUCCCAAUCAAGACGAGAUCAGCGAUGUGGUUGUCCAGCCAUAUAACUCGAUCCUUACUCUAAAGCGGUUGACCAAGUGCGCGGAUAGUGUGGUGGUCCUGGAUAAUACCGCACUGAACCGCAUCGCCACCGAAAGACUGCACAUCCAGACGCCCACAUUUACGCAGAUCAACAGUCUGGUUUCCACCAUCAUGAGUUUGAGCACCACCACCCUGCGAUAUCCCUCGUACAUGAACAACAACCUCAUCGGUCUGACCGCCUCCCUCAUUCCCACACCCCAGCUGCACUUCCUGAUGACGGGAUAUACUCCGCUGAUGUCGGACUGCGAGACCAAGACAAGCGUUCGAAAGACCACUGUGUUGGAUGUAAUGCGUCGCCUUCUGCAGCCCAAGAACAUGAUGGUUUCCGCCCUGACGGACAAACAGAACCGCCAGUGCUUCGUCUCCAUACUGAACAUCAUCCAGGGCGAGGUGGAUCCAUCCCAGGUGCACAAGUCGCUGCAGCGCAUCCGCGAGCGAAAGCUGGCCAAUUUUAUACCAUGGGGUCCGGCCAGCAUUCAGGUGGCUCUGCCACGCAGUUCGCCUUACGUCCAGUCGUCUCACAAGGUUUCCGGAUUGAUGAUGGCCAAUCACACGGGAAUCAGUGCGCUCUUCAAGAGGGCCUUAGCCCAGUACGAUAAGCUGAGAAAGCGCAAUGCCUUCCUCGACAAUUUCCGCCGCGAGUCCAUGUUCAAGGAUGACCUGACGGAGCUGGACAUCGCACGGGACACUGUUGACUGCUUGGUGCAGGAAUACGAGGCAGCCACACAGAUCGACUAUCCCCAGUGGAGUCCUGCCGUCGAAGCUUCGAAAGCCGGUUAAUUGAUAAUAAUUUAAAUACAACCUUCCAUAUUUUUCUAUCAAAAAUGGAUGCUAAUUUUUUGUUUUACUUUUAUCAAAAAUAAUUUGCACCGUAUUUUGGAAUCAGUGUAGGAAAUAAAAAGGUUUCCGCAUUACACUUCCUAAAAGAACGUUUCGCCUGAUGUAGUUGAAACAAAAACACCUCUUAACGAUCGAUGUGAACUGAUGAUCGCACCUCUACGCACAGAACAAAAUAUCUUAACUUUUGUGACGACGGCACGUUUUGGCAAAAUAUAUAUUUGGCCUCUAAAGUUUCUCAUAGAAAACAGAACCAAAUAUAUUUUUGGAUUUUAAAAUAUGGUUUUGUUGAAGAAUGAUAUCCCAACCGAUCCCAACAUGUUGUUGAUUCGAAAAAGUCGUAUAUCUUUUUGCGGUCCUUAUGUACAUAUAUAUAGUGUCGACUUCGCACACUCUCCAGGUGCGCUUCGUCACUACGUGGACUGCCAUCCACAGCGAUUACAGUGAAAGGUACUCAUAUUUAUAUAUUUGAUUGCAUUAAGUUACUGUUUUUUUUAAUCCUGAAAAGCGUUAAUUUUUAUAGACAAUAUGCCUCGACUUUUCAUGUCAUUUCACAUAUCUGUGAAACAGACUAAGCAAUAUGGAUUUCCCAUUCGUUUUCAAAAAUUCGAUGUGUUAACACCUUUAAAAAUAGUUUUUGUCCAACAUUUACCGGUGCCUAUUGUGUUGUUUCCUAGAUCCUAUUUCUGUAAAUAGGCCUAGUUUGGCUUUUUAGAAGGAAAUUAGGAUUACUAAACGCUGCUUUCAAAGCAAAAGAACAUCAUCAUGUGCUGCGGACCCUGUGGACCCCGAUGCUGCGAUCCGUGUGGCGGAUGCUACAACUGCUGCGUGGAGCUCUGUUGUGUGCCCUGCACCCCGGCUUACAUUCAGUGCACCUUUAUGCCGUGCGGCCCCAGGGGCUGCUGCUGAAGUGGGGACAAGCUAGGUGCCGAAACACGUCCUACAAUAUAGUACCUGAAACAUUCGUAGAUACCCACAUGUCGUAAUAAACGAAUUCAAAAUAUGUAA